GUUUUAUUUUUUAUCUAUUUAUAUUUUAUUAUAUUUAUUUAUAUUUAUUUAUUAAAAAAAUAAAAAAUAAGUUCUUUAAAUUCAAAAAAAAAAUAAAAAAAAUAAAAAAAAAACAAGAAAAAAAAAAAUUUUAUUAUUUUUAUUUUAUUUUUUUUUUUAUUAUUUUUUUAAAAUUUAAAUUUGCACAAAGUUUGUAUAUAUAUAAACUUUGCCUCUUAAAUUUAAUUAAAAAAAAACUAUUUCCUAUUUUUAUAUAUAUAUAUAUAUAUAAAUUGUUUCUUUUUUUUUUUUUUAAGAAAAACAAAAUAAAAAAAAAUUAAUUAAUUUAAUUUUGGUUUGUUUUUUAUAUAUAUAUACACAUAAAUAUAAAUUAUUAAAUGGGUAAAUGGGCACACCCAAAUUAUGAAUCAGAGUUAGUUAAAAAAAUAAGAGCGAUUUUGGAGAAUGUAAAUGUUUAUAGAGCUGAUACUGGUGAACAACCAGUUACAUUCGAGGAUUUUGUCGAGGAUUUUAAUCCACACAAUAAAUAUUUAAUAGAUAAAUUCGAUACGAUUCUUAUGGAGUUUUCAAGACGUAGAAGAAGUAAUCGAUUACAUAUACAAAGUCAACUUAGACAGGAGCAACAGGAUACUGUAUCUCGUUUUUAUUCUUUUCAAGAGAAUAGUAGUAGCAAUAACAGCAACAAUAAUAACUCAACAACCACUACUACAACAUCAACAACAUCAUCUGAUGAUAAUGUCGAUGAACCAGCAACACCAUUAAGACCAACUUCUCCAACUAGUUUCUCAGCAACUCAAUAUUCACCUUUUUUACCAACAAGAUCUAGACAGCCAUUAUUCUUUUCGAGUGCCAGAAGAAUACAUUCAUUUGAUCCAUCGGUUCAUGGAUUUUACCUCGCUCGUGGUGGUGAGGAUCAAGAUCAAUUGGAUCGUGGCGAUCCUGUCUCUCCACUAUCUGUUUAUUCCUCUUAUUUUCAGCCACAAUCACCGCUACCUGCUCCACCAACCUCAUCUGCACCACCAACCUCAUCUGCACCACCAACCUCAUCUGCACCAUCGUCAGUUACAACCACUUCCACACCAUUGCCAGCAACAGUAGUACAACCAUAUUUAGUGCCAUCAAUGGCAGUAUCAAUAACUUCAUCAACUUUAUCAUUACCUUCACCACCUUCAUCACCUCCAACAACUGCCUCCUCUAUUACCACUACAACACCACCAGGAUCCACACCAGUUACAAUAUCUUCAAAUAUACCCCACCAUAUAAUGUCACCAUCACCUCAAUCACAAGCAACACAACAGCAACAACCAUCCCAACCAUCUAUACAUCAUCUUCAACAAAUGAUGCAUCAGCAACAUCAAAUGCAAAUUCUUCAUAGACAUUUCCAACAUCAACAGCAACAGCAACAAACAAACCAACCAAAUGCACCACAUUACCCAAGAUAUAGAUUCCAAAGAUAUCAAGUUUUAUCUGACCAAGAAAGAACAGAUCAACCAAAUGAGGAUAAUCAUGUUAACGUUUUUGAUCGUUAUAGAUACUCUAGAUACUCGAGAUUAGCAGGAGAAUCACAAGAUUCAGAAGAUUUAUCACAGGACUCAGAUAAUGAAGGAAUUAGAAACCCAAGUUCAAGAUUACGUUUGUCUCUACCCUAUUCAAGUAUUUUACAGGAUACAAUGGAUACAAUAACAGGAAGUUUGACAAAUUCAUCUCAAAGAUAUCAACCAUAUCAACCAUCUUUGCAAGUUCCUUUAAGAUUAAGAUCCAAUAGCAGCAAUAAUGAUAGCCAAUCCAAUACCCAAACUAACAAUGUUUCUACAAGUAACUCUGACUCAAAUCAACCAACCCCAACUCAACAACCAAGGUUUCGUUCACGACUAAGUAAUUUAGGUGGUGUUUCCAAUAAUAAUAAUAGCAAUAACAACACCAACAACAAUAAUAGUAAUAAUAACAAUAAUAGUAAUGUUAGUCAAAGUGGUACUACAAGCACAAGCAGUAUUAAUACCAGUGGCAAUAAUUCGAAUUGAAUUUAAACUUAAAUAUUUAGUCAGUUUUUUUUUUAUUUUUUUUGUAAUAAUAAUUUCAAAAAUUUCAUAACAUAUAUAAAUAAUAAUAUUUUUUUUCAAAUAGUUAAUAGUUUUUAUACGCUCAGUAUAUAAUUAAUUAAAUAAGGGCAAUAUACAAAAUAAUCAACUAUAUGUAUUUUUUUACAACAAAUUAUCCAUUUAAUUUUCAAAUCAAAUAGCAAGUUAUCGUAUUUUUUUAUUCAUAUAUUUAAUAUAUUAAUAAAUUACCACUCAUACGCUUCACACCAUUAUAUUUUAUUUUUAGAUAUUUUCACAUACCCAUAAAUAAUAGAUACAUACCCCACCAACCCACAACAAAUUACCAAUAAUUUAAUUAAUAAUUUUUGAAAUAUUAUUUUCUAAAAUAAAGUGUUGUAUAUUUUCCUUUUUUUUUUUUUAAUUUCAUCAAAUAAAAUAUCGAUUUUUUAAUUUAAAAUUUUAUAACAAAAAACUUUUUAUUUUUAAAUAAAUAGAUAUUAUUUUAUCUUUUUU